AUUAAACCCAAGAAAAUCGCCCUGGAAUCCUGGAUGGGUUGAACUAGUCCACUCCCGGAGUUGUUUCUAAGAACUCCCGAAUAUAAUGCAGAUUGCCAACGGGGUUUAUUUAGGGUUUCUUCACCGGCGAAGAAGAGCGGGAUAAUGGAACACGGAUCAACCAAAGAUCAAUCAAGCUCAACAUUUUCAUUCAAGGAUGAGGAUCAUUCUCUAGCCAAUGCUCUUAGAUUCACUCUUAACCAAGACCCAAGAGUGAUUACUUGUGGGUACAGCAUCCCUCAUCCCUCCGAGGUUCGAGUAAACAUCAGAGUUCAGACUACUGGGGAUCCUGCAAAGGAAGUGCUGAAAGAUUCAUGCCAAGACUUGAUGCUUACCUGCCAGCAUGUAAGAAGCACCUUUGAUCAAGCUGUUGAAGCUUUCAGGAACAAAAAUGGCAGAUCAGAAAAGCAGAAUUCCGAGAAUUUAGAUUCUUAGGUUAGCAGGCAGGUUAGUGUUAUGAACACA